CAACAGCAGGUUUUGGAUGAAUGACUGGCUGUUUACAAGUGUGAUCAGUCAGAGGUAGGUUAAUAGAGAAAACAGUCCAACAGCGAUUAAAUCAGUAAAACAGAGCCGCACAAACGUGUCUUUGUGAUGUGCGGUCAUGUGACGUCAUCCUCCUCGCUGUAUAAUGGGGUGUUUAGAGGAUGUCGUAGAGUCCGAUGCCACAGCACGAGCGCUGCAUGAGACUUUAAUAAUAUGUUCCAGUCCAGGACAUGUGGACCAACAACUCACCGUUUAAAAAACGAGCAUCAGCGCUGUCGAGCAGCUUCAGUGACCUCUGCCUGUGUCCGGGCGGCGCACUCGCACGGGUCUCGAGGUAAACCAGUUACAGCAGCUGAUCUCGCGCUGUGACGCCUGAAAACAUAAUGCCACAGUUGUGCGGCCUCCUCAUCACACUUCUAUUUGUGGAGACAGUUGCUGAAAAAAAGUACUGUUGGUACUUUGAAGAAGAUUAUCCUGUGUACUUUGUAUGCAAGACAUAUGAAGACUGCUGUGGCACACAAUGCUGUGUUCGAGCUCUUUCUGGUCAGAGAAUAUGGUAUUUCUGGCUGCUGCUGAUAAUUGGCAUUUUGUGCUGCUGCAGUACUGGGUACUUCAUUCGCAGACGUGUCCACCCUUACCCUCCACCUGAGGGACCUGAUUUUAACGUGGCCUUCACCAGACAGCCCAUCAUAUCACCAGGAUUGCGUCAGGCUGGCUUUCACAAUUAUGGCGACUCAGAGACCGCAGUCAUUUCCACCGUCUACCAAGUGCAGACCCACCCGGGACACGUGACUGCAGUGUAUUCAGCCCUGCCGUCCCACUACAGACAGCCCCCUCCUUCCUAUGAUCAGGUCAUGCAGGACUCGCAGAAAAAAUAAACAGACCUUCAGCACAGUGAUUUUUCUUACUCUAUCUGUGAGGUGAAAGAAACAGAAAAAGCUCAACAACUCAGGCAUGACUGCAAGAAUUCAAAUGAACAAAACAAACUGUGCAAGUACAAAAACAAGAUGUUUUUCUCAGUAUACAAGACUGCUGGAGGUUUUGAGGUUCCUCAUCUGUGGAUGCAGUAAAAGUGCACUUAGUUUUCAAUGUCAGGACUUAAGAAUAUGUUUAUAAGCAUAACAGGUUACACAAUAGCUUUCACAUUAAAGGCAGAUCAGAUCAGUUUAACAAACUACUUUUAUAUUGUUCACUUCUAAAGAGAUUUUAUUUUGAUACAUAGAAACAGAGUGUUCUGACAUUAUUAAAUAUUUGUUCUACAUAAAGGGCAUUAAACACUUCCUGAAUGCUUAUAAAAUGUAAUUGAUUGAAUUGAUUUUUUUUUACAUCCCACGCAUCACCCAUAACCCUAAUAAAGUUUUAUUUUUAUCUUUG